UCCCACAAUGACUAAAAAAGCAGGGGAAUAUUCAUCGACCAUAAAGUUUUAAAGCAAUUCCCGUGAGUGUGAGAGGGUCUCAGAUAUUAUUUUUGGAGCCCUAAAAACCCUAAAACCGGGGUCAAGGGAAAACUAACAGCAGUAGAUCCAGAAUUAACUGAUUUGUGCUUUCACAUUAUAUUUAUCCUAAGCAGAGGCAUCGCCAUCAUCAUCAAUAACUAGUAUUCUUAUUCCUGAGAUUUCACUUUCGUCUGCUUGAUAAAGGAAUAAAAACGGUAUACAGCAGCAGCGCGGAAGUGCGGAAGUAGGAUUAUUAUUAUUGUAUCAACAUUUUGUGUUCAGGUUAGAUCUGAAGAUGGGAAGAGGCAAAUUUAAGGGCAAGCCCACCGGGCGCAGACAUUUCUCUACCCCUGAAGAAUUGAGUGCUGGUACCUCCUCAAAACCUAGGAGUUUUAGACAGGAUGUAAAGGAGGAGGAGGAGGAGGAGGAGGAAGAAGAAGAAUCAUCAGAGGAAGAAUCUGAAGAAUCAGCAUCAGAGAAAAAGAAGGGAACACAGGGUCUUAUUCAGAUUGAGAAUCCUAAUAUCACCAAGUCAAAGAACACGAAAGCCAGAGAUGCAGAUCUGGAGAAAACAACAGAGCUUACAAGACGAGAGAGGGAAGAAUUAGAAAAGCAAAAGGCUCAUGAACGCUAUAUGAGGCUGCAAGAACAAGGAAAAACUGAACAAGCUAAGAAAGAUUUAGAACGUUUAUCUUUAAUCAGACAGCAAAGAGCCGAUGCUGCAAAAAAACGUGAAGAAGAAAAGGCUGCUAAAGAAAUGAAAAAGGUUGAGGCUCGUAAAUGAGAUUCUUGGUUUAGAGCUCAAUAACUUUACUUUUUGUCUGAUAUUGACUAUAAUCUGGAAUCAAACUUAUUGUCUUGAUAACUAAUUUAUUUAGAUCUAUCAGUCAGCUAUUGAGAUAUGCUCUCAUUCAUGAUGCCAUAACUUGUUCUUCAUCUUGAGUGGAGUUUCAUUAAUAUAAUACUGUUGCUUAGUAUAUAAGAUGAACAUUUUUGGGUUUUA